AUGGCGAAUCACGUGGAUUAUUUUAAAGGUAGGAGUAUAUUAGCACCAACACUUGAUGUCGUAACUGAAGUAAACAAUCAUGUGAUGUCUUUGAUCCCUGGCAACGAGAGGAUAUACUUGAGCUCUGAUACAAUAAUUAGUGAAGAUGGUCACCUGGAAUCUGAAUUAUAUACAAUGAGCACCGAGUCAUUGAAUGCGCUAAAUUUUUCAGGGAUUCCCCAACACCGGUUAGUUCUUAAAAUCGGUGUUCCUGUCAUGCUUCUUCGCAAUGUUGACCAAUCAAAAGGACUAUGCAAUGGUACGCGCAUGCAGGUUAAACGUCUUGGUGACCAUAUCAUUGAAUGCGUCAUCUUAGCAGGUCAUAAUACUGGUGAUGCUGUAUUUAUUCCCAGGAUGAACAUGUCACCCAAUAAUGAUACAUUACCAAUAAGGUUUACUCGAGGCCUGUUUUUACUCAUGUCUACAGAGAAGUUUUUACCGAGAUACUACCUAACAUUCUCCCUUGAUCAGUUUACCUCUCAUGUGCUCCUUCAGUAA